AUGGAUGAUGAUAGUAAUGGACCUGAUCGCAAGUCAUGCCAGGAUGCCGAACGUCAAAUCCUUGAACAAGACAAGGUUCAUGUUGUGCCAUAUCCUGAUUCUCGAGCAGGAAAGCCAAUCACUCAGUCCAAAGUUCGGGAUGUGAACGUCACAUACGGUUCUAGUAUCAGUGACACGGAAAACCCGUAUUCACCAUUUUCCUCUCAAAUGGACUGGGAGAUUGCACAGUGGGCAAAGUUACGUGGCCCAAGCUCAACGGCGUUUUCAGAUCUGCUCAGUAUUGAUGGUGUUAGCGAAUGCCUUGGCCUCUCAUACAAAAAUUCAAGGGAGCUGAAUGGCAUCAUUGAUAAACAACUUCCUGGCCGUCCGAAGUUUCAGCGUGAACAGGUCAUAGUUGCGGGAGAAGCUUUCAAUAUUUAUUAUCGAGAUGUCCUUGAAUGUAUCAAGGCUCUCUUCGGCGACCCGGACUUUGCGGACUAUCUUGUAUUUGCACCGCAGCACCACUACAUGGACGGACGACGAAACAGUAGAUGGUGGUGGAAUACUCAAAAAAAGCUUGACGAGCAGCGGCCAGGUGCAACUAUCAUACCUGUCAUCAUCUCGACAGACAAGACUCAAGUGACCAUGUUCCGGAAUAAAACUGCGUACCCUGUGUAUCUCACCAUCGGGGAUAUUCCAAAAGAAAUCUGUCGAAAACCAUCUCGACGUGCUCAUGUUCUCCUCGCCUAUCUUCCCACCACUCGUCUCGAACAUAUUACCAAUAAAGCAUCGCAUCGUCGAAGUGCAGCAAAUCUCUAUCAUGCAUGCAUGGCACGUGUGUUAUCGCCACUAGAAAAAGCUGGCCUUGAUGGCUUGGCAAUGCGGAGUGGUGAUGGUAUUUUGCGCUGCUGUCAUCCACUCUUUGCUUGUUUCGUCGGUGAUUACCCCGAGCAAGUACUUGCGACCACGGUCAAAACUAUGGAAUGCCCUAAAUGUGAUAUCCCACCUGACAAACUGGAGAGUCACACAGCACCCUUCGAAUUACGCGACCUUCAUGCUGUUCUUGAUGCACUCGCUGCCAUUGAUGUCGGAGACCUCGAAUUUGUUCAGGCGUGUCGCCGUCACACACCUGACAUUCUCCAUCAACUGUACCAAGGUCUCAUUAAGCAUCUUCUAGGCUGGCUGGUGCAGGCAUGCGGACCAAACGAGAUUGAUGCGAGAUGCCGAAGAUUACCCCCCAACCACCAUAUCCAUCUGUUCAUGAAGGGCAUUACUGGCCUCUCUCGUGUUAGUGGUGCCGAGCAUGCUCAAAUAUGUUGUUUUCUCCUUGGUAUCAUUAUUGAUGCUCGACUUCCUGGCAAUAUGUCUUCGACACGUCUUUUACGAGCAGUCCGUGGUCUCCUGGACUUCCUUUAUUUAGCGCAGUACCCAUGUCACAGCUCAGAGACACUACUGCUCCUAGAUGAAGCUCUCACCCUAUUCCACGACAACAAACAAAUAUUCAUUGACCUUGGUAUCAGGAACCAUUUCAAUCUCCCUAAACUUCACGCCACUCGUCAUUAUAUAUCAAUGAUUCGCUUUUUCGGCACGACAGAUAACUACAAUACAGAAUAUACUGAACGACUUCACAUCGACUUAGCUAAAGAUGCCUACCGCACAACAAAUUGCAAGGAUGAGUUCAUUCAAAUGACGCAGUGGCUCGAACACAAAGAGAAGAUUGUGCGCCAUGCGAAAUUUAUUCAUUGGCGACUCCACAACAAUACUCCACACCAUCCUCGUCCUCGACCAGCAAGUCUAUCAUUUGACCAAACACAAACUUUGGCCAAGCAUCCAAGUGCCAAAGCUGUACCCUUUCGAACUUUAAUCUCAGAUUAUGGUGCCACGUACUUUCGUGAGGCUCUCGCUCGAUAUAUUGUGCAACAAAAUCACUUGGGUGAAUCACUUUCUCGCACUCGUCUUGAAGCCCUUGCUGCAAAUGUUCACCUACCAUUCUACUCUGUUGCUGUAUACCACAAGAUCAAGUGGUUAUCUGUUGAUGCUCGAGGUCAUGGUGACCCACUCGUUACAGUGGAUAGCGUCCACGUCAUGCCCUGUCGCACCGGCACUCGCCGAAAAAAUGAUGCUCUACCUGCACGUUUUGAUACAGCACUCAUAAAUAAUGGUACUGGACAGUCUGUGGGUGUCGAAGGCUACCGGGUUGGUCAAAUUCGGGCAAUUUUCUCCAUGAGAGAGAAAGAUGCGCAGUUCCUAUUUCCUCCAGCACAUCAACCUCCGAAACACCUCGCGUACAUCGAGUGGUUCAGGCUGUUUUCUUCGACACCAGAUCUAAGACAUGGCAUGUACAAAAUCACUCGUUUGGUCCAUUCAGGUGAGAGAGUCGCUAGUAUAAUCCCCGUUUCGAAUAUUGUCCGCAGUAUACACCUUAUUCCAAAGUUUGGACCAGUUGCACCUCAUCACUGGACAAGUAACAAUGUUCUCGAGGAGUGUGAUACAUUUUUUGUUAAUUGUUACAUAGAUUGGCAUAGUUUUGUGACCCUUCGAUAACUUCGCGAUAAUUACAUGGAUGUUAAGAGCAAUAUCGAGUUUAUGUAUAUCUAGCUCUAAUUUGUGAUAGUCUAUCUGACUUAGAUGUAUUUUGUCUAUUUACAUCUAAGUUAGCACCGGAGGUUUUCCCUGAUGUAUAAACAUAGGAAUGAGUUACACUAGCGCAUUUAGUAGCCGCGUGAAUGCCGCGUCAAAAUAGCUACGCCCAUAUUUUAUCCAACAUCACAACAAUUUAAGAUCUGCCACCCACUUUCACAUGGAUGAUGGGAAUGUGUGGUAUUGUACAUCGAGGAAAGACCAAAUUAUAUACUUCGUG